GAUUAUUGUCUGUGAACCUGUGAGCUGCCUUUCCUUGUUUGAGCAUGAAGGUCAUUGGUCUUUCCUGUUUGGUGCCUUGUACUGCGUAGAUAAACUUCAUUAGGUUGGAAACCAAUUUAAAAUAUGUCACUACAGUCUUACUGGUAUGAGGAUAAAAGCCCAAGAUACCAACCUAGGAAGACUGUGAAGACAAUCCUGAAUAUCAGUUGUGAAAGGUGUUGCUGUUAGACUUGCUCUUCAAAGCAUCUGAAAUGAGCCUCUCUUACUGAUUUUAUUGGCCCCGGGCCAGGAAUACUGGAUUCCUUUGCCUUUAAGAAGAAAAUCUAGUUAUCAUCAUAACCAUAUGAACCAGUGUGAUGGUGAAAUGAGAUGAGGCUCCGAAAUGGAACUGUAGCCACUGUUUUAGUAUUUAUCACUUCAUUCCUUACUUUGUCUUGGUAUACUACAUGGCAAAAUGGAAAAGGAUGGAAGGAGGGAGAGGCAGAACAGAGACACCUGCAGGUGGGGACCAGAAGCUAGAACCCAGAUCCUGGAACAUGAAAGAAAAACUAAUUGCUUAUCAACGAGAAUUUCUUGCUUUGAAAGAACGUCUUCGAAUAGCUGAACAUAGAAUCUCACAGCGCUCUUCUGAGUUAAAUGCUAUUGUACAGCAGUUCAGACGUGUCGGAGCAGAAACAAAUGGAAGUAAGGAUACACUGAACAAAUUCUCAGACAAUACCCUGAAGCUACUAAAGGAGCUGACAAGCAGAAAACCCCUUCAAGUGCCAAGUAUUUAUUAUCAUUUGCCUCAUUUAUUGAAAAAUGAAGGAAGCCUUCAACCUGCUGUGCAGAUUGGUAAUGGAAGAAAAGGAGUUUCAAUAGUAAUGGGCAUUCCUACAGUGAAGAGAGAAGUUAAAUCUUACCUUGUAGAAACUCUUCAUUCCCUUAUUGAUAAUCUGUACCCUGAAGAGAAGUUGGACUGUGUUAUAGUAGUCUUCAUUGGAGAGACAGAUAUUGAUUAUGUACAUGGCGUUGUAGCAAACCUGGAGAAAGAAUUUUCUAAAGAAAUCAGUUCUGGCUUGUUGGAAGUAGUAUCACCUCCUGAAAGCUAUUAUCCUGACUUGACAAACUUAAAGGAAACAUUUGGAGACUCUAAAGAAAGAGUAAGAUGGAGAACAAAGCAAAACCUGGACUACUGUUUUCUAAUGAUGUAUGCUCAGGAAAAGGGCAUCUAUUAUAUACAGCUUGAAGAUGAUAUUGUUGUUAAGCAGAAUUACUUUAACACUAUAAAAAAUUUUGCACUUCAACUCUCUUCUGAAGAGUGGAUGAUACUGGAGUUUUCCCAGCUGGGCUUCAUUGGUAAAAUGUUUCAAGCACCAGAUCUCACCCUGAUUGUAGAAUUCAUAUUUAUGUUCUACAAGGAGAAACCCAUAGAUUGGCUAUUGGAUCAUAUUCUUUGGGUAAAAGUCUGCAAUCCUGAAAAAGAUGCAAAACAUUGUGAUAGGCAGAAAGCAAAUCUGCGAAUUCGCUUCAGACCUUCCCUUUUCCAACAUGUUGGUCUUCACUCUUCAUUAACAGGAAAAAUCCAGAAACUCACGGACAAAGAUUACAUGAAACCGUUACUUCUUAAAAUUCAUGUAAACCCACCUGCAGAGGUCUCUACUUCUCUGAAGGUCUACCAGGGGCACACACUGGAGAAGACUUACAUGGGAGAGGAUUUCUUCUGGGCCAUCACACCAGUAGCUGGAGACUACAUCUUGUUUAAAUUUGAUAAGCCCGUCAAUGUAGAAAGUUAUUUGUUCCAUAGUGGCAACCAGGAACAUCCAGGAGAUAUUCUGCUAAAUACAACUGUGGACGUUUUGCCUUUAAAGAGUGAAGGUUUGGAACUAAGCAAAGAAACCAAAGACAAACGAUUAGAAGAUGGUUACUUCAGAAUAGGAAAAUUUGAAAAUGGUGUUGCAGAAGGAAUGGUGGAUCCCAGUCUGAACCCUAUCUCAACCCUUCGACUUUCAGUUAUUCAGAAUUCUGCUGUUUGGGCCAUUCUUAAUGAGAUUCACAUUAAAAAAGUCACCAACUGACCAUAUCCUAAGAAACCAAUCCUUUUUUUCCCUGUGAAACUGUUAAAAAUAGUUAAUCAUUUACCUUUUAUUUUUAAACUUGAACACUACCUCUUGUGAAUCUACUGUAGCUGAUUGUCGUUUCUACUAGGAAAGAGAAUCUCCCCAUGGGUAAUUGUUUUCAUUUGAACCUAAGCUGUCCUCCAACUUCAACUUGACUGAACAUUUUACGUUUAUGACAGCCUGUUAAUAAUGACUUGUCCUAUUUGGUAUUAUACUAAUACCUAAGAGUUGUACAUAUUGUUACAGUCCUUGAAUUUGAGAAUAAUUGAUGUUAAAUACAUUUUAUGAAGGGGGUACUUUUGAAGUUCAUUUAUUUUACUAUUAUAAACCCUCUUUUAUAGAUUAUCAGGGAUUAUAUACAUAUAUAAAUAUAUAUAUAAAUAUACAUAAAAUGUUAUGGAGUUAAUUUAUUAGAAGCACUUAAGAAGUACAUAUUUUUGUGUAGUAAAUUUUUGAAUUGACACUUUUUUUGAAAACCAAUUUACCUUGCUUUUUUAAGUUCUUUCUAUAUUUUUUUUGUAAUGCAGACAUUACAAGUUAAUGCCAUUUUUCAAAAUGCACUGCCAUUUAAGAAUGAUUCCAGAUUGAUUUCCUAACUGAAGUACUUUUAUAUUCAUAAUGGUUCUGAACAAAAUAUUUUCAAAGACAUUUGUCAUUCCUUGAAGCCAAGAUUUUAAAGACCAAUCUCCUUCUUGAGGGCAAUAUUUUACUAUGCUAUGUAUGGUGUAUAACCACAAAAUUAGAUGAUUUUAAUGUGCAGUAUGAUUCUUUCAACCUAAACGAUCAUAGACUCAUUCCGCUGCCUAUGGUGACAAGUCCUUCUUUCCUUUUUCAUCUAAAGUCAUGAGCUGAAUGCAUCCUAUUUUUGUGUAUGUGAUCCUUUUAUAUUUGUACUCAUGAGUUCUGGCAGAAAUGUUUUCUAGGUAAUGCUAUAUGUAUGGAUUAUAUGGAUUUUAAUUUUAAAGAAAAUGUAAUAAUUGUUUUUGGUGAAACUAUAUAGCAAUUAUAUGUUUUUCCUAAAAUGAUUUAACUGUAUCAUGAGCAGAUAUGUAACUUCAUAUCCAAAAGAGUAUUUACUACUCUUAGACAUACAACUGCAAAUUAUAUUACUACUGUAAACAAACAACAACAACAAAAUGAUGAGCCUUAACAGUCACUGAGCUUCAUGAAGUGUUUUACUUUUUAAAAGUAUGUAUGUAAGAGUUAUAAAUGUGAGUUCCCACAUAACCUGCUUUGACAUGCCAUUGCUGCCUCGUGGCGGGGGUGGGGGCGGGGGGGGGCACAGACAUUUCAAGGUUGACCCCUGAGCUUUCAGAGGGACGAUGACUGCAGCCUUGGGUAGCUGGAGGUACUGGGCCUUUCCCAUGCAGGGGCUGCAUCUAGUUGGUUGCCCCAGAGGCUCAAAACUAUGUCUCCCAAACAGCAUUAUUUUCUGGGUAGUGUUACAAAGCAGAAAGAGUUGGAAAAUACUGCUACAAGUACAAUUAUUUUCAUUACUCCAUAUUACCAUAAUUUUACUUUUCUUAAUUUAAAAGGUACCUGUGUGGGGAAAGACAGCAUAAUGGUAUGCAAAAAGACUUUCUUGUCCAAGGCUCCAAAAAUACCUGUUAAUUUUUCAGUGACUCACCUGAAAUUUAUAUGUUAUAAUGCACCAUUUCUUCAAUAAAAAAAUGUCUUAUGUUGCCAACAAUCAAUUUUAUGUCAAAGUUCAACAUUUUUGUUGGGGUUUUGAAUUCUAGUUUCAUUCACAUUUUAAUUUUCUUUUCAACUUUCCUUAGUUAAGUGCCUAUAGGAAUAUUUCAUCCGACAAGAAAUUUUAUAAUAAAAAUGUGGCACCAGAUUAGAUUAUUUAAUUCCUUCUAAAAAAAAACUAAGUGCUGUGAGGUGUAUAGGAAGGUGGGUUUGUGGAAGUCCCCUUGUUCUGCUUCUUGAGUAGCCAACUUUCAUUUCAGGAAGAAAGACCAUGCUCUCAGACUCUCAGGAGGGGAUAGCCGAACCCUCACCUUGGGUUUCCCAUUUUCCAGACUGAGCCAUAUUUUAGCCAGCUUUUCUUGUGUUCAUUCAGUCUUCCUCACCAAGCUUAGGUCAUUCCUCCUGAAAAUGCAGCUGGCCAAAUUGUAUCCAUUUCUUGUGCUACUAGGCCACUCUUGUGCCCUCCUCCUGUGAAUUAUAUCUGUGCCUGGUGUAGUGCUUGGUACGUGGCAGCUGCCUUGGCAGUGUCUGGAUGAAGGGACCAGUUCAAACUCUCCUUUUGUAAAAUUUUUUUUGUGCAAGAGAGAGAGAGACACACCAGCACAUUGCUUAGCUCCAGCAUAUGAUGGGCAAGUCUGGUGCUCUGUUAGUGUGAUAUCUCACCAACCCUCUUUUCUUAACUUCCUUAACCUGCUAUCCUUGCCACACAUUGUCAGAUACAUACUUUUUGAUUGUGGAUCUGUAUGUGUGCACCUGUGUCACUUCUGUCCAGACUUCAAGCUCCUGAGGGCAAGUCUGCAGCCCAGGAUGUUGAUCUGACCUCUACUUCAGAGUUGCUCACAUAGUCUCAUGUCAUCUAAUUGCUUUCUUGUCCCCUCUCCCCCAAUUCCUAGACACUAGGAAUCAGCCAUGUUUUCUUCUAGCAAGAAGGUAUGGUGGUAGCUCUUAGGAGUUGUGAAUAAUGGGUUAAGACAGAAUAUCUGAGGAGUUUUCAGUUACUCAGAACUGAGAGUAAAUAAUUUAACUUGUGAGGACACUAAAUCACUUCCCAAAAGAUGGGGAAAGUGUCACGUGGUGGGACAGAUCACACACACAGUGUGAUUUGGUGUCUUAUGUAUAUUUCACAUAGACCAUUGACACUCGAGCUAUUCUGUCCUAUACAGAAACCUUUAGAUACAGAAGCUGCUUAAACUUAAAGUAAUGAAAUCUUCAACUUCUCUGUUACCUGUGGCCACUGGAUUGAACACAGGUAGAGAACAUUUCCAUUAUUGCAGAAAGUUUUGUUAAACAGUGUCAGGAGUUUAAUAGCAAUGUUUUGGAGAACUAGAAUAAUUCUUUUUGUUGAUGUUAAAGGCAGCUGUGCAUAAUGUAGCAUAAUGCAGAUGAGUGUCUAUAUUUUUUAAAUAUUUAUUCCCUUUUGUUGCCCUUGUUUUAUUAUUGUAGUUAUUAUUGAUGUUGUUGUUGUUUGAUAGGACAGAGAGAAAUGGAGAGAGGAUGAGGAUAGAAAGACAGACACCUGCAGACCUGCCUCACUGCCUAUGAAGCGACGCCCCUGCAGGUAGGGAGCGGGGGGCUUGAACCGGGAUCCUUACGCCGGUCCUUGAACUUUGCGCCACCUGCACUUAACCUGCUGUGCUACCGCCCGACUCCUGAGUGUCUGUAUUUUAUGUGAUAAAGUUGAGGACCUUUUAAAAAAAAUUUCUAAGUUCAGGGAGUUGGGCGGUAGUGCAGCGGGUUAAGUGUAUGUGGCGCAAAGCGCAAGGACUGGCAGAAGGAUCCGGGUUUGAGCCCUCGGCUCCCCACCUGCAGGGGAGUAGCUUCACAGGCGGUGAAGCAGGUCUGCAGGUGCCUUUCUCACCCCUCUCUGUCUUCCCCUUCUCUCUCCAUUUCUCUCUGUCCUAUCCAACAACAACAAUAACUACAACAAUAAAACAAGGGCAACAAAAGGGAAUAAAAAAUAUUUUUUUAAAUUCUGAGUUAUUUUAUAUAGUCUAAGUUCUUUCUUUGCAGAAUGCACUAUGCCACAAAUGUAGUAAAAAAAAAAAAGAGCAACAAUAUAAGACAAAGUAGUUGGAAAGCUCUGGAAAAAGUAAGUGCAAAUGGAUUAGUAAAUAAACAGACAUAUAGACAUAUAUAAGUAGUUUGACUAUUGGAGAGAUACUUGAACAAAGGGAUAGCUUUUCACAACUGGUUGUUUGCACCAGUAAAUAAUUUAAUGUCUUUAUUUUUAAAAAAGUGUUGAGAGUGCUUCUUUUACACCUGCCCUAGUGGGAAAGUUGUCUCACAACAGCUCUGUGGAAACAUAUUUUAACAGAUGUUAACAUAGUAGUAACACAGCAUGUUUGUAGUACACAGCCAGGACUCUAGGAAUGACCCUCACUGGUUUUGUAUGUUAUCUAAUGUGAGUGGUACCUGUGAGUAAGAGCCAUACUUCCAUUGUUAUAUGAUCAAAGGAGAUUUUAAUUGGGGGCAGUGAAUCUAAUCAUGUGAGUCCUUUAAGAGAAGGUCAUUUUCUCAUGUACAACUUGAAGUGGGCCUGGUGUAUUGCAUCAAAGAAAAGGACUCUGGGGAAGGGAGGGGAGAGGGGGAUGGAAAAAAGGACCUAGAUUGUGGGAAAGAGAGCUCUGCAGAGAACUCUCCCAGGGAGAUGAGAAAUUGUACCCAUGUGGCGACAACUCCACUGUAAACUGUUAAUGCCCCUCCCAAUAAGAAUCAUAAAUAGUAAAUAUAUUUUUUAAAAAACAGAUUGUUUUCUCAGGCUGAUAGUAGGCAUCAGAAAUUGAAAGCCACUGCUGGUUUAAGAUGAAAGAGGCCACAGGAAAAGAAGUGCAAAUGGCCUAACAAAGUUGAGAGGAGCUCAGCUGACAGCUGGUGCCACAGCAUAUGAAGAGCCCAGCCCUGCCAUCAUCUUGAUUCCUGCCCUGUAACACCCUAAGCAGAGAACUCCGUCAAGUUUGCAUGAACUUCUGGCCUACAUCUGUGAAAUACUUGAGUCGUCUAAAUUUGUUAAGCAUUAUGCAGCAAGAGAAAAUGAAUAUGUGACUUAAAAGAAGUAAAAGUCUCAUGCUUGA